AUGACGAGGAGCGCGCCGUGCUGCUUUUUAGUGCUGCUGUUCUCAUUGACGUCUCUGUGCGACGUUAACGCGUAUCUGAAGCCGGAUCUUCAGAUCGAAAAUAGGGAUGGCCUUGAGCAAGAACUCAGAAGAUUGUGGCCCUUCGUUCAACCGGUGGACGAGAAUGAUCUCGCGCCUCAACGAGAUGAGGCUUUGCAGAAGAUACAAGAGAUCCUCGGUAUUCGGAGUCAGAACGAGAACCUGACCCAUCGCAAGGUACCACCGCAAUUCAUGAUGGAGCUGUACAACACUAUCGCCGAUCCCAAUGGAGUCAUGCGAGGUCGGAAUCCGUACAACGCUAGAAUCGUGCGCAGUUUCGUUGAAAGAGACCCUUCCUUGUCGAACUUCUAUUUCUUUAACGUCUCGGGGCUGGAGAUGAACGAAUCGGUGCUGGAGGCCGAGCUUCAUCUCUAUCGGAAGAAAAUGCUGCCGAGGAACGCACAUCCGCUGAUGCCUACGUCGCCUUAUUAUCUUAUAAAAGUGUACCAAGUCCUGGACGAUCGCAGUCUUGACGUGCCAGAUCUUCACAGAUUGUUGAAUGUUCGUUAUGUCGGUGCGCACGCUUCCGGUUGGCAGUGUACAACAAUAGUGUUUGUACAGAUAUUCAACGUGAAGCAAGCUGUCCUCGACUGGAUGAGCGGUGAACCGAAUAUGGGUCUUUUGGUGACAACUCAGGAUCUAUUCCAGGACGAGGUAUCGGUGGAGUUCUCCCGUCGAAACGAUUAUUACCAUAGCAAGCAACCGAUAUUGGUGCUCUUCGACGAUGAUAAUAAUGAUCAGUCCAGUGAAAAAUCGGUAAUCGCGCCGCGCUAUUACGCAUACGGAAAAGAUGACAACGUAGAGAAUCGUGAAAAAAGUCCAGUGUACGAGAAAAAUGCGGAGAGCGAGAGGAUCGAUCUGGAGAACGACUAUGACGAACACUACAGGAGGCACAAGAAACAACAGGAAGGUGACGGUCAGCCCGAGGAGGUUCUGUUGGUAAACAGACGCGAGCAGGAAUUUUUCCAGCGGCAGAAGAAAAGACGUGAAGAGGAGGAGGAGGAGGAGGAGAAAAAGGAUGAAGCAUCUCGUUACGGCAAUCCUCUAGAAGCGACGAGACGCCGUCGUCGUCGCGACGCGUCGUCCUCUAGAAUAACCUCCUGUAACCUGUCGAACAGUUGCUCGCGAAAAGUGCUACCGUUGUUCGAGUCGGUUAAGUCGGAGGACAUCUACAAGAGAGCGACGUUACGCCAGAAGCUGGAACAGUUGGCGAGGAACAGAGGACGACGUCGACCGGCGCGAUCGACGAACGGCCAGAACUUGUUGGCAUCGGAACAGUCAGGGAACGCGACCGAGGAGUGCACGAGGCACGAGCUCUAUGUGGACUUCCACGACAUCGGGUUGUCAUCCUCUAUAAUCGCGCCGGCUGGCUAUUCCGCGUACCAGUGCAAAGGCGUCUGCGAGCCACCCCUCAGCCAGAACCAGCGGCCGACGAAUCAUGCGACGAUACAGGCGAUCGUACACAAGCUGGCCAAGGAUGUCGACAGGCCGUGCUGCGUGCCGACCAAGCUGCUCAGCACCAGCAUUCUCUUCUACGACGACAACGAGAACGUUGUGCUCAAGAUGUACGAAGACAUGAUCGCGGACCAUUGCGGAUGUCGUUAA